AUGGCAUCCAAGCAAUUCUAUCUUCUGGGCGAGGACCCCUCAACCGCAAGGGAGAUUGAUAUCUCAUCUUUCGCGGACGAAGAUGAUCUCAGACAUAAUAUUGCUGCGCACUUUGCCAUCGUCGACCCCAAAGGUGUUGGUUUCGUGUCGCAGAAUGUCCUGUUGACAACCGCAGCAGAUGUGCAAGCGUCUGAAGGUCCCAUUGCCAUCAGCAUUGAUGGAAAAGCCGUCCGAGAAGUUCCUGGCCCGUCAGGGCUUCCGUACAUCGGAAAUUACUUUGAGGUGUACCCAGACCACCUGGGCAACCACCAACGCCUUUUUGAAAAGUACGGGCCUCUCUUCAAGACGACGAAUAUGGGAAGCGUGGUCUACCACACCAACGAUCCUGCGCUAGCCUCUAUAUUCUUUGGGGAGAGUGAUUUCUUUACGAAGAACAUCAUCCCUGGGCACCCUCUUUACCCUAUCAAGAACCAGGAAGCGGGUGUUUUCCUCGGAGACACCAACACAGAGGAAUGGAAGACCGCUCACAAGUUCUUGCCUCCAGCAUUUGGACCCAAAGCUGUUCGGCAUUACGCCCCAACCAUGCAAAAGACCAUUGAGGAUGCAUUCAAGGUAUUCGAUGAGCUCGACGAGAGAGAUGAGGCAUGGAACGUGUACCCUUACAUGCUGAAGCUGGGUUCCCAGGCCGUCGGCAAGCUGGUUCUUGGCAUGGACUUUAAGCACUUCACAGCCGUCGAUGCCCCACCACACGAGAUGGUUAUCAGGAUAGCAGAGUCGUUGGCACUGAACAAGAAGGUCACGUCGAUGGGCAGCUGGUACGCACACAUGCCCUUUGGUGACCCCAAGAAGUUGCGCGAUGCACGAUGGCGCAUUGUAGAGAUGGUGAACGAGUCCAUCGAAGCCGCUUCGAAGGGUGUCGAGAGCCUUGAACUCCAGGAGGCUGCGUUGAAGGCCGAAAACAUGGUUGACUACGUCCUUCGUGCUACGGAUAGCAAGGGAAACAAACUCCCCAAGGAGAGAGUUAUGGAGCCCCUCGUUGUGGCAACCGGCGCAGGCUUCACGACUACUUCUUCAUUACUCUCGUGGUUGAUAUAUGGCCUGGUCGCAUAUCCCGGAAACCAAGAGCGGUUGCUGCAAGAACUGAUUGAUAACGACUUUGAUGAGAACACCCAAAUAACCGCGGAAUUCACUCAGAAGCUUACCUUCCUUGACAAGUACAUCAAGGAAACGCAGCGCCGACACAACCCGUCAUACCAGCCGGCCAGAACAUCCAAGGUCGAUAUGAUUCUUCCUGGCGGCUACAAGCUGCCAAAGGAUUCUAUCUGCAUCCCUGCUUUACACCACAUCCACAAUAAUCCCAAAUUGUGGGACAACCCGAACAUGUUCGAGCCUGACCGAUGGGAUACUGAGCAGGUCAAGAACCGACCGAAUGCUUCAUACAUUCCUUUUGCAACUGGCCCGCGCAUGUGUAUCGGCUUUAACUUUGCUCUUCAAGAGGUGAAGGUAUUCCUCCCGAAGUUGAUAUACCGUUACAAGUUCAGCAUGGCGUCCGACGGGCCGAUCGAGUAUGACCCCAUGUUUCAACUGAUUCGGCCCAAUAAUCUGUAUGUUAGGGCUGAGAGGAGGGUCAAAUGGCCGCCGAGGAGCAAUUAA